AUGGACACCUACCGCGCCGCAGUGAAAUCGUUCAAACAGGUGCUGCAGCGCAAGAAACUCCCCGAACCCGCUCUCCCGUCUUCACUCUACUCGCCCCUCGAUCCGAGUGAGCCCAGCUUUCGGCUCCUUCUGUUGUUGCCAAGGAGCGAUAACCAGUCUCACCAAGUCCAAUGCGAGCUGAUAAAUGUUCCCCUGAUUGAUCCUAGACAAUACGUCGCUUGUUCAUAUGUCUGGGGGCCUUUAGAACCGACCUCAGCCAUAAUCGUCAAUCGACAUGAGUUUUUCGUCCGCCAAAAUUUGGCAGAAAUGUUGUGUGCCCGCCGCCGUAAAAGAGGAAGGCCAGUGGUCCUGUGGGUCGAUGCGAUUUGUAUCAACCAGCAAGAUCUUGCAGAGAGAAGCAGUCAAGUCGCCAUGAUGGAUCGAAUCUUUCGCAGUGCUGAGGCUGUUCACUGCUGGCUUGGCGCAAGCCCUUCUCUCGCUACGUCGUUGGCUCAGGUCGGGAAGAAAAGCAAUCGCGGAUCAAAUGAGCAGGAGUUUGAGGCAGUCCUGAGAAAGAAAGAUGAUGCGAUGGGAGUUCUUGCACGAUGCGAGUAUUGGACGCGGAUGUGGAUCGUUCAGGAGUUUUUGCUGGCGCGAAGCAUCAUUCUCGUAGCUGGACCGGUUCAGAUUCCUUUCCAACUGAUGGAUGUUACCAUUGCUGAGUUGGCCAACGCCGAACAUCGACAAUGGGAGAAUGUCGAGGCAGGCAUCGCCGCGCGAAUCCUCCAGCUGCGCCGCAUGCGGAACGAUCGCUUUGGUCGCGACUUCGAGGGCCUCUUCGAGGCAUUCAAUUCAAUGCGAUGCGCUGUGCCGCGCGACCGAAUGUUCUCCUUGCUGGGAAUUCUGCAACCCAAGGAAGCGAAGAUGCUACGUCGGCUGGUAGACUACGAAGCAGACAUCUGGCAUGUACGCAAUCGGAUUCUGGAGUCAGGCCUCGUAAGAGACUACUUGUGGUUUAUGCAGCACUUCGCAAUCAGCGUAGCGCUGAGCGAGCCCGAUCCCACCACGACAGAGCAGGUCUCUCUGCCUUUCUACCCUUGCCUGCAGACGGUCGAACACGCGGUACACGACGAUUCCGGCACUCGCCGUCCACCAUUCGAGGGUCCGUGGCAUUUCCACUCGUGCUUACCUUGCCAUCGGGGAAGGUGGUUACAGGAUAUGUACAUCCCCUGCCGUUGGUUGCAGUACAUGUCGUGCUCCUACGACCUGAUACGCAUAUCGGGCGCAUGGCACAGCAACUUCCAACUCCACGGAUGCGCACUGAUACCACUCUGCGGCGCAGACUGCAGGCGGGAAUGCCAGGGCCACGCCAUUGCAGGCGUUGCGCUCAUCUUGGAAGACUACUCCCCCUUAGACCAGAACCCAAUCGAGCCUGUAUUCGGCUGGGCGCAGACGCUUGUACGUGGUCCGGCUGCCUACGAUUCCAACUGGGACUUUGCCUUUGCAGAUAUACGACAUGCGACGACGGUGGCGGACGCGCUGGAACCAGCCACCUCGUCGAUCACGGUGGUUCGCGUCAGCAAAUCCAAAUACAGCACUAUGCACAUGCGUACCAGCGCAAAGGCUUUCGUGCAGCUAUGCGACUUUUUCAGCAAACUCGAUCGGUCGUACCGGCUGGAGCCGCGUCCUUUACUACCACCUAGAAGUGCCGUAUCACCAGCAGCGUCAGCAGAGAUGAUUAUCGGAGCAUACAUACCAUCUCCUGGUGCUGGAGGGUCUUUGUUUCGCCCUUGA